UCAUCCACUGUCAAUAUAUAGAUCGCCAUGGCAACCGACGAAGUUGUCGAAGUCAUAGAUUCUAGCAGCACUGCUUCUAUGAAUGAGAAUGAAGAGUGUGAUGAGUCGAAUGCGGAGAAGACUAACCAUAAUCACAUGAAUCGACUUGUUGACGAUGGUUUAGUGGCUGAUAGCAGCUUAGAGAGAGCCACUCUAACUCGUUGCAGUGCACGAAAACUUCAAGCCCAGUACAGAUCUGUUGUUGCUUCCGAAAAAGUUCAAAAUGAUGGAAGCUUCAUAUUUUGGCUGCUGGUGUUGGUGCUACUUGUUCUGGCUCUGGGCAACCUGGCUCUCACAUUCUUUGCAAUGGGCGUGCUCAGGCUUGGAAUCGGCAUGGAGAGCAUUGAGUUUAUCACUUCCGAUGAGCGAAUGCUGAAGUUUUUUGGCAUGGCUGAUCUAGGCAUCAUACAGCAACAGAAUGGAGCUGUGUCUUCUUAUGCAGGAGAACCGCUGUCUAUUGUUGCUGACAACAGCCAGAUUUCUGUGGGUUUGAAUACAGUGCGGCCAUCUCCAGCCAUCCACGUCACCCAACAGGCUUUGCGUAUCCACAACGUUGAAAGAUUCAUGGUGGUGGAGCCGCAGUCUGGGGAGGUUGUGUUCAGUACAGCUCACCCGAGCUUUGGAGUGCCCAGAGGGGUGAAGAACCUCCAGGUGCAGCGAACCCAGACAUCUCGUUUUGUAAGCCCAACCUUCUCAAGCUUGAGGGUCAGAGCAGACUCAACGAUCCGCCUGAAGGGCAGCGAAGGUGUGUCCAUGGAAGGCCGAACUAUUGAAUGGAGCGCUGACGAAGACAUUUUCCUGCGCUCCCUGAAUGGCUCACUUGUGUUGGAUGGCGGGUCCGGCGGUAUUUUCGUUGAGGUUAACAACUUGCCAUUGGCUGGUCCCGUGGACCACACCAAGGACAGAGGUCAAUACAAGCUAUGCGUGUGCAGCAAAACCUCGCCAGCACAUGUUUCUUCUGGUCCAGUAAACCUUGCUGCUAAUGAAACUAGGACCACGCUCGCCGAAGGUCAACUUUUCCGCGUGCCUGUACCUCUGGACAAUAUGAGGCGCAGCGCCCGACAUCGCAUAACCUGCGCUUCCUUCCUGAACCCCUGCAUGCAGAUGUAAACUUUAAUAUGGCAGGUCUACCGAGCCUGCUCAUCUCAUUAAUUUAAUUAUUGUGUCUGAAGUAAUGCUUUAGGCGUGCGCUUAAAGAAAAAAAUAGAUCAGUACUCACUGCAGUGAGUGGACGGACGGACGGAU